UGCCCAUAUGUCAGGCGCGCGCGUAAACGAGUAUAGUACAGAUCGGUACGCACUACGCAGCGAGGCACUACCGGCUUUUCGUGCGAUCGCGAGCCAUCCGUGCAAGCACGAGGUUGUAACUCACUACUAUAUAGCACCAGUUUACAGUGCCGCACUAUCGCAGCGGUAGUGCAACGGCAAAUCAUCCUCCGGAUGAUUUUUUCUCAUUUAUUAUUGUACGUGGCAGCGACGCGACACACGGGCUCUAUGUGCUCUAGCCGCUAUUAGUGUUAUUGCAUCUCUGGGCUCGUGACGAGGCUAAGCUCCCGCCGCAGAGCCUUUAUCCUGACCGUUUAUACGUUUCAACGACUACUCGCAAUCGCAUCGUCGUAACACAUAUGCAAAUCGACGCCUACGCGUAGUACACGCGUACCUGCGAGUGCACCCAAAUCCUUCCCAAAGCUUCUUCUUUGAGCUUUCGCGCAUCUCUUUCGUCAGGAAGGUAAUUUCAAUUGAAAUUCGGCGGCGCGACAAGAUCACUCCGAAAGUAUCAUUAGUCAUCAUUGCGGUCAAGGUCGGCAUUAAGGGUCUUCAAAUCGGAGCUGAAGAGAGGAGGUAUGGCGACGAGCCGCUGCCGCGCGACAGCAACGCGACGACGAUGCCAUCAAUCAUUGACCAUGACGCUGCUGCUAAUGGUAAUGGCAUUGGUCCUGAUUUUUCACCAAGGCGCCGCGGCUCCGGCUAAGGGCGGAGGCAGAGGCGGUGGUCGUGGCAGAGGUCGAGGUGGCCGACUCUUCGGAUCGAGGAUGCCAAUCAUCAUUCCGCAUCGAUCGCCCGGCGCCGCUGGAUACUACGAAAAUCCCGACGCCGCCAAAAUAGUCAAAGCGUCGCACUUUGAAUUCGACUACAUGCUCGGGCGCAAGAUAACGUUCUUUUGCAUGGCAACAGGCAUACCCAGACCCGAGAUAACUUGGUUCAAGGAUGGCGUUGAACUGUAUCAUCACAAAUUUUUCCAGGUGCACGAGUGGCCGAUGGGCAACGACACCAUGAAGUCGAAAAUGGAAAUUGAUCCGGCGACGCAGAAAGACGCCGGAUAUUACGAGUGUCAAGCGGACAAUCAGUACGCGGUCGAUCGUCGAGGUUUCCGAACGGAUUAUGUCAUGAUAUCGUAUUGAGAUCGAUCCGUCCGCCGCAGUCGUCUACAUUAUCGCGUGUGCAGUCACUUAUACCGAUUCAUAAUGCACAACACAUCCGAUGCAUCUUUGCAACGUCCUUUUAAUUUGUUAAAAAAUGAGCAUCAGAUGUUUUUAAAAUUACUUUUGAAUAAAAAAGUAGUCUUUUUAACAUUGGUAUACUAAUAUCAAGAAAUAUUUCUAUUCUACCAAAAAAAUCUACAUUAUUUAUAAUGUUUCUAUUUUUUGUAACGUUACGUUCACUCAAUCAAAAUCAUAGAAUGACAUAUAAAUAGUAUAAACAUUUAAUAAGUAAUAAGUAAAAUUAUAGUUUUUUCGUUUGUUAAUAUUUGUAGGUAACGUAGUAAUAGAAUUAUCAAAUCAUUAAGACAUCUACCUGAUAAAAUAAUAACAGUUUAUUUUUGAUCAUUUCUUUAUGAAUUGUCAUUAUCAUAAAAAGUUGUUUAGAGAAUCUAUAUUAGUUCAUUGUAAAAUAGGAAUUUUUUUACCGUAUAUUAAUAAUUUCAUCAAGUGAUCAGCUUUGUUAGAACAACAUUUAAGUCACGUGAAACCGCGUGAUUUCAAAUGGCAAGAUAUAGGGUACAAUAAUUGUAUUAUGCAAAACUUGCCUUCGUGACGAGUAAUUCUAGAAAUUGACGUGUAUAUAUGAAGGUAUCAUACAGGUAUAUAAGCACUUUACUUGUUUCUCCCUUGUACCCAUGCGUUAGGCAAUCAUUGUCGAGUUUAUAAGCAGUAACCUUUUGAACUUGAAGUAAAAAUGUGAUAUAUGUGUAUCUUUCGUUGUUAAUACCCCUACGUUGAUCGGCAAAUGAAAACAGUGCAUGAAAUACGCGAUUGUUAAGCAUUCAAUAUUUUAACUACUCAAUUCAGCCGUAAUUCAUUGUUAUGUAUUCAAAUUGAAAUGUUUUAUCGCAAGUUUUUAAAUUGAAAAGGAGCUGACUAUUAGAUUUCCAAUUUCACACGUAUGUCAAAAUGUAUAGUAAACUCUCGAAGAGAGGUUUAUGAUUUAUGGAUUUUAGAAUAUAACAGUAUGGAAAUAAAAAUUGAA